GCGCAGCGUAGUUACGCUUACCUCGCAAUUCUCAGAUCAUUCGGAAAGUUAGCUAGACAAACUCUCGAGAGCAGCAACAAGAAAAAUAUAGCCAACAGAACAUUUGAGUGUCGUUGGAUUACAUUGAAAAUCUCUUGGGAAACAUGCAAUCUACAGUUUUUACUAUCUUGUUUGUCAAAGUAUGUUUAACUUUACAUGGAAAUACAGCAGUGUUAGCUGAACUUCCAAGUCCCAGUAACAUCAGGAUUAACUCUGUCAACAUGGGAUUAGUGUUGGAGUGGGAUGCACCUCAGAACCACGCAGAAAACAUAACCUACAGAUCAGAGUACAGGGGCUUGGUCAGCAGCUAUGAGGUUGUAUGUUGGAACACAACAGCCCAAAGCUGUGACUUCACCAGUCAUCUACACAAAUUUGGAGUGUACUUUUUCCAAGUGAGGGCAGAACGAGAGGGGGACACAUCUCGCUGGAUGAAGACUGUGCAGUUUGUCAUGGAUGAACACACCACACUAGGCCCUCCCGGUGUGACGCUCAUCUCCAGUGGGGCUGACAUUGAAGUGAGCAUCAACGACCCGGUGCUCAGGAUCUCUGAGUUCAAAGACGUAUACAACCACGCAAAGUUUAACAUCACCUUCUGGAAAGAGGGUCAGGAGGAGAAGACCAAAACUACGAAUAUCACCCCACUGCGUAAAGUGGUCUUGGCGCUGGAGCCAUGGACCAGGUACUGUGUUCAGGUCUGGGUGUACACCCAGAGGUUCUCCAAACACAGCCAACCCAGCAAUGUUACGUGUGAGAGCACCGCUAAGGGCAAUGACAGGCCUUGGGUGGUAGCCCUGGUGACAUUUGUGGUGAUGGCUGUGGCAGUGGCCCUGCUGGCCCUGGCCUUCUGGUACUGCUACAGGGUGGUCCGCUUCCUCAGACCCAAGGCCAAGCUGCCUGAACAUUUCACAGAGCUGUUGGAUCCCCCAUGCUCCUCCAUCCUGGCCAUACAGAGCAGCCCCCAGCCUGAGGAGGUGUACCAUGAGCUCCGCAUCAUGCCAGGUGGGGCAUAGACAAAGGAGAGCUCUAUCUGGUGGUCGGAAGAACGUAAUACACACAGACUGGCAGACAACACAGACCGUCUGGCUGUGUUCGAGAGUAUCAAAACUGUGAAUUGAGACUGACUGACAGAUCUACAAAUAAUAUUGAGAAGUUAUUUACGAUGCAAGGUGAUUUGUUGAUCAGUCUUUCUUGACCCGCCUUUAAAGUCGGCUGCAAUGUUGAACACGUCCAAAGUGGGUGGGGAAGAUAUGGGUCAAAAAUAGGAAGUGAGUAGACCGAUGUGAAGAAAAGAGGACAAGGACUGAAAUAGACGGCAGAAAAGAGGAUGUGUAUCUUAUUGAGAAAUAAUAAUCUGGAUUUAGUGAUUUUAUUAAUGUUGAUGAAAUGCUAAGAGAGCUACUUACUGUGAUGUGUUUAUUUAUGUGACCUUUAGGCAAUAUUGAUCAUUAUCAUACACAUAUCAUUCAUUAUGGCCAUGCAUGGUAAGCCUACACUGGCAUUUUUUGGGUAUCAUGGGUAUAGGGCAACGGAAAGAGCAACACCAGGAGGGGAGUAUUACAUGUUUAUGCCUUGAUGCACUCUGUGUUUGUGCCUAUAUGUCUCUGUGUGACUCUGUUUGUGAAGGAUAUUUAAAGGACCAAUGCAGCAAUUUUUAUCUAAAUAUCAAAUCAUUUAUGAGUAACAAUGAAAACAAUCAGAGUAAAUUACUUCAAUUAAAAUAGUUAAAAGGAAACUAAUAGCUUUUUAUCAAAGAGCAAUUUCUUAAUCAAGACAUUUGCUAGGACUGUCUGGGAGUGCUUUAGGCAAAAACAGAAAAUGAACUGUUAUUGGCAGAGAGGUUUGGAACUCUUUCUUAUUGGUCUAUUAACUAAUUUACCACAUGGUGAUGUUACCAUGGAAGGCCAAAACUCCAUCCGACAUAAAAAGGCUGAAAUUUCAGACGGUCUUUUCAAACAGCUCUUAUACUUAAAGAACAUUAUCAUAAUUUUCAUAAUUUCACAGUAUUAUUCAAACCUCAUAGUGUGGAAAUUUAAAACACAGGUAACUCACAUUUUUGACUGCAUUGGCCCUUUAACAGUUGAAUGUACUCUAUUAGCACUUGGAAGAUGUCGUUUGACAUUUGAAGUCAUGUUUUAUAGACUUUUUACCAUUUAUAUUGUGGGAGACCACACACACACACACAAACAAGUUAAAAAUGACUUGCCAAGGGAAUAAAUAUAUAUUUUUAAAUGCUCAUAAA